UGAAUGUUUUUCGAUAUUUUUUUUCAGUUCUUUUGUACAACUAGAAACUGGCGGAAGGUUACAAAUUACAAUGCACUUCAUAUUGUCUAUUUUGUUCAUUUCUUUUAUGCUAAAUGCUGAAUGCACCCAACCACCAUCUGAUGACCAAGUUUUCAAACAAGGAUUCGAAAAAGCAAAAAAAUCGUAUAAAGUUGCUGAGGGCAAUGGCCUUACAGAGGAAAAUUUGGCGCAUUUCGUGACUCCUUUGCAUUCACAAAAAGUACACGAUUUUUUCAAUAACAACAACUUUACAAAACAACAACGAGAUAACAUACAACUUCCAUUGUUUGAGACAAUCAUAACAAAUUUAGAUUUGGUGGAACCAUUAAGAGAGACACUCGAAAUAUUACGGAAUAAAUAAUGAGUUUACAAGAAGAAUUCAAUGCUAAUGUUAAGAUCAUAUUGUUUUUGAAAAUGUAAGCGUUUGAGUAAUUAUUUAAAUGUUUCAUUAUGUUGUAUACUAUAGUUAAAACAAAUUAUGAC